AGCCAGUUCCUCUCAGGCUGUCAAAGCCUUUGCCUGUCUUCCAGACCGCCCCCCACAGUGCUAACCGGCUCUCCUCCAGCUGCCUGCUCUUGGCCUCUGCGCUUCCUCCGCUGAACGUUUAAAGAUGUUCCAGUCCCUUCAGAAGCGGCUCCAGAACCGACUGGUGGAUCGCCGGACCCAGAAGAACCGCCUCGUGACGAAGGACGGCCACUGCAAUAUCGAGGUGGGAAACAUAGAAUACCACAGGCGUUUUAUCCUACUGGUGGACUUCUGGACCACGGUCGUGGAAAUCCGGUGGCGCUACGUCAUCUUCAACUAUGUCAUCACCUUCACCGGCACCUGGUUCGGCUUUGCCCUGAUUUGGUACUGGAUCGGCAAGAGCAACGGGGACCUGUUGCAUCAGAAUCCACCGAUGAACCACACGCCUUGCGUACGCAACGUAUAUGGGCUCACCACGGCUUUUCUGUAUUCGUUAGAAACCCAGACCACCAUCGGGUAUGGGAGCCGGUACAUCACAGGCGUCUGCCCCAGCUCCGUGGCCCUCCUCAUCAUACAGACCCUCAUGGGCACCAUUCUCAACUGCUUCAUGUGCAGCAUCAUCCUGGCCAAGAUGGCACUGCCCAAGAAGAGGGCGAAGAGCAUCACCUUCAGCGAGACGGCUGUCGUCUGUCUGAAGAAUGGCAGCCUGUGCCUCCUCAUCCGAGUGGCUAACUUGCGCAAGACCUUGCUGAUUGGAAGCCAGAUAUAUGGCAAGCUUCUGAAGACAAUUGUCACAUCGGAUGGGGAAACGGUCAUUCUGGACCAGACCAACAUCAACUUUGUGGUGGACGCUGGUAAGGACAACCUGUUCUUCGUCUGCCCCUUGACGCUGUACCACGUCAUUGACAAUACCAGUCCCUUCUUCGAGUUGGCCAUGGACACCCUGCACCAGCAGGAAUUUGAGCUAGUGGUCUUCCUGGACGGCGUGGCAGAGUCCACAAGCGCCUCUUGCCAGGUGAGGACCUCCUACAUCCCACGCGAGAUCAAGUGGGGCUACAGUUUCCUGCCUGUAAUUUCCCGGACCAAGGAAGGCAAGUAUUGCGUGGACUUCUCCAAUUUUGCCAAGAUCGUGCCAGUGACCACCCCUCACUGUGCCCAGUGCUUCCACAACGAGAAGGCACACAACCACCGACACACCAAGACAGGCAUCGACAACCCUGCCUUUGAGGUGAUAGAUAUCCACGAUCCAAUGGACUUCACCAAAAUGUGAGCCAGGCGGAUGCCAAGCCUUGGCCCUAGUUUUCUGUACACAUGUAUGGGAGCAUAAACCCUUUUGGACAAACCUAAGCAGCUAUGGCUAUUGCAGGUGAGCCUCAAAGGAAGUAGUGACCACAAGUCUCCAAAGGCUUCAACCACUGGGUGGUGCCACCUGGACCCUCUGAGCAGGAGCACUGUGAAGGGAGGGAGGGAAUUAGGACGAUUCCAAGAGCCCCUGAGUGAUAGGGGCUGUAAACAUUUUUGUAACAUAAUGGGAUUGAUCUGGGUUGGGGGUCCACUGUGAUUUGCUUCGAUGAGGCUCUGAAUCCCUAGCGGCACUCCUGCCUCUGGACAUGCGACGACUGAAGUCACACGACUAAAACUUAAGUUGAAUGGGGGCAGGAUCAAAAUCGCGAAUGCUCGUGUUUGACGACAUGCAUCUUCUGCCAAGGAUUCGAGCUCGACUUCGAUGCAGAAGUAGCAGGACACCUGUCAAGAUGGAGAAGAAACCUGCUGCUGUUCACACUUUAGAGAGAUCUCCUGUAGAACACUUUAACGCACACAGAACGAUAAGGUAGCAGUAAGACUGCCACCAUUCAUGACUGUAAAGUUAUAGAAAAUGGAAUAUACAGCUAUUUAAGACAAUUUGUUGAUGUGUUUUUCUCAGCACUAAAUGCCAGAGUUUUGGAAAAUUCCCUCGGCACCUUAAACUCACGUCCUAACACUGCAGUAGCUUUGGACCCGUUACUUCUGUGUAUUACAUGAGAAAGAGGCUGUAUUACGGGUCCACAAGAGGGGAUUAUGAUCUAAGUCGAUUUUAAUUAAAUAUUUAACGUCUGAAGGAGUAACAGGAUUUGUGUGUGUGUGUGUGUGUGUGUGUGUGUGUUUUAUAGCCUCUGAAUAACACAGCUCAUGUAAAGUCUGAGUAUGUAUUUUGUUAACUUGAACACUGGCAUUGACAGGAAGUCAAGAUCUCUGCAAAGCAGGAAGUAGUUAUAUAUUUUCUCAGGGGAAGAAAUGACUGAAAUAAUGUCAGGUCACAAUAAAGAUAUUUGUCACACA